AUGAAUUAUCUUUUAAGUAUUGAAUGUGCGUUAUUAGCUGAUGUGGAAAAAAAAUCUAAUGAAUUCAAAACCAUCGACGACAAGACGAUGAAAGGUUUAGCAUAUUUCUAUGGCUAUGAAAUAUUACUUCAUGGGAUUCAUCUUCUUAAAAAUACACAACGUCUUGGUUUAUAUCAUACAAAUGAAAUAAUUCCACGUCGUCUUUAUCAAUUUCAUGCGAACAAAAACCAAGAACAUAUUUUAAACAAACAAGAUUAUUUUUCAUGUCCACAUAAUAUUGCUAUUAAAUUACACGAAAAAGUAUUCAAAGCAAAUAGUGAUAUUGAAAUUGAAAGAUUUGAAGUUAGUCAUGAAUAUUUAAUCGAAAAAAUGGCUAAACUUAUUGAACAAUCUUGUGGAACUGAAUAA